GAAAAAACUGAAAAGCACUUCUAAGUAUAUUUAUCAGACUCUGUUUUUGAACGGGGAGAACAGCGAUAUUAAAAUUUGUGCUCUGGGAGAGGAGUGGAACUUGCAUAAGAUCUAUCUGUGCCAGUCAGGGUACUUUUCCAGUAUGUUCAGUGGAUCUUGGAAAGAAUCUAGCAUGAACAUCAUAGAGUUGGAGAUUCCUGACCAAAAUAUUGAUAUAGAAGCUCUGCAGGUGGCUUUUGGCUCGCUGUAUAGAGAUGACGUGUUAAUAAAACCCAGUCGAGUAGUUGCACUUUUAGCAGCAGCCUGCAUGCUGCAGCUUGAUGGCUUAAUCCAGCAAUGUGGUGAAACAAUGAAGGAAACCAUUAAUGCAAAAACCGUGUGUGGUUAUUACAACUCAGCGGGGACGUACGGGUUAGACUCUGUGAAGAAAAAGUGCCUUGAAUGGCUCUUGAAUAACCUGAUGACUCACCAGAGUGUUGAACUCUUCAAAGAACUCAGCAUAAACCUCAUGAAACAGCUGAUUAGCUCCUCUAACCUGUUUGUAAUGCAAGUGGAAAUGGACGUGUAUACUGCUCUCAAAAAGUGGAUGUUCCUUCAGCUAGUGCCUUCUUGGAAUGGGUCUUUGAAACAACUCUUAACCGAAGCUGAUGCCUGGUUUGCCAAGCGUAGGAAAGAUUUUGAGGAUGACAUUGCAUUCCUGGAAUCAGAACAGGGGAAUGCCUUCCUGUCCGUGUUCACGCACUUGAGAUUACAGUACAUCAUCAGUGACUUGGCAUCAGCCAGAAUUAUCGAGAGAGAUUCCCUGAUACCCUCAGAAUGGCUGUCCUCUGUUUACAAACAGCAGUGGUUUGCCAUGCUCAGAGCAGAACAAGACAAUGAUAUUGGGCCUCAAGAAAUAAAUAAAGAGGAACUGGAAGGAAACAGCAUGAGGUGUGGUCGAAAACUCGCAAAGGAUGGUGAUUACUGCUGGCGGUGGACUGGCUUCAACUUCGGCUUUGACCUCCUUGUUACUUACACAAAUCGUUACAUCAUUUUCAAACGGAAUACGCUGAACCAGCCGUGCAGCGGAUCAGUCAGCCUGCAGCCUCGGAGGAACAUAGCCUUCAGGUUACGUCUCGCCUCUUUUGACAGCAGUGGGAAAAUAAUUUGCAGUAGAACGACAGGCUAUCAGAUCCUAACCCUCGAGAAGGACCAGGAGCAGGUGGUGAUGAACUUGGACAGCAGACUCCUGAUCUUCCCGCUCUAUAUCUGCUGUAACUUCUUGUACACGUCGCCAGAGAAGAAGGCGGACAGCGAGGCGCUGCUGGAUAAUCCGGAAGCCUGA